GGUGUUGUGUUAAGUGUUAACCAAGUUCACAGCUUUGUAUCAAAUAAUAUAGACGCUUAAUUGUAUGCAAAACAAUAUAAUAAUAAUAAAUUUUAUACAAUUUAUAAUGGGGAAGCCUCACGUUCGUUACUUUUCCACUGCUGGAUCAAAUGAUUGGAAAGUAAAAACGGGAGCAAAUCAAAAUAGUAAUGGGAGUAAACAAUUUCAGGGAAAAGUUAAACCACCAAAAGAAUUAAUAGAAAAGUAUACCAGAGGCGAGGAAGUUAAUGUUAAAGGUGUUAAAACAUCUACGCACCAAAAAAUAAUUCAAAGAAAAGAGAAAAACAUUAAAUUCGCAAUAGAGGAAUCAGCUAAAACAGAAGUUUUAUUGACGGAAGAUUCAGGCUAUUUGGAAGCAGAUAAUGGUGAAACAACAACUCAGUUUACUCAAAAACACUUAGUUAAAGAAGUUGAUAUAGCUGCUGCUACAAAACACUUUGAUUUAAAAUUAAACUUUGGUCCAUAUAGAAUAAAAUAUACCAAAAAUGGUAGACAUCUAUUAAUAGGAGGUAAAGGGGGCCAUGUAGCUGCAUUUGAUUGGGUAACAAAAAAACUACAUUGUGAAAUGAAUGUUAUGGAAGCCAUUCACGAUAUUUCUUGGUUGCAUAUAGAAACAAUGUUUGCUGUUGCUCAGAAAAGUUGGGUGUAUAUUUAUGACAAUCAGGGGAUUGAACUACAUUGUGUGAAGAGAUUAAAUAAAGUAUCAAGAAUGGAAUUUUUACCGUACCACUUUCUUCUGGCCAGUUGUAGUGACGAAGGAUACUUGGGGUGGUUAGAUAUAUCCAUUGGACAAAUCGUUGGGCUUUACAAUACUGGAUUAGGUAGAUUAUCUGUAUUGUCUCAAAAUCCUUGGAAUGCCACAUUAUGUUUAGGGCAUGCCAAAGGUGUCGUGUCAUUUUGGUCACCCACUUCUAAAGAUCCUUUAGCCAAAAUACUUUGCCACAAAGCACCUAUUAUUGGACUUCACGUUGAUCCUACAGGAACAUAUAUGGCUACUUCAGCAUCAAACAGAGAAUUAAAACUAUGGGACAUACGAAAAUUAGAGGGACCUAUUCAAGAGUAUAAACUCGUCCAAGCAGCAAAUAAUUUAAAUUUUUCUCAGAAACGACUAUUAGCGGCAGGAAUGGGAAAUGUUGUGGAAAUAUACAGUGGAUGCUGUGCAACACCUGCAAAAAGAGCUUAUUUAAGGCAUCGAUUUGCUAGUAGUAUAAGUAAUUUUAAUUUUUGCCCAUAUGAAGAUGUAUUGGGUGUUGGAACAUCUCGUGGAUUUACUAGUAUUUUGGUACCAGGAGCAGGGGAAGCUAACUUCGAUACUUUGGAAGCUAAUCCAUUCCAAUCUAAAGCGCAAAGGCGGGAGGCCGAAGUUAAAUCACUUUUGGAAAAGAUUAAACCAGAAUUGAUUACGUUAAAUCCUACAAUUAUCUCUGAUGUUAAUUUGCCAAGCUUGAGAGCUAAAAUGGAAGCCAAGAAAAAAUUAAUACAUUUAAAACCCCCAAAAAUUAAUUAUGAACCAAGAAUAAAAGCGAAGGGAAAAGGUGGAUCUGUUAAUAUGGCACGGAAUAAGAAAAUUUUGCAAGAAAAAGGAAAAAAAGAAUAUGUGAAAGAAAAACGUCAACUUAUCUCGAAAAAUAAACCAGAACAUGUAACAAAAACAAAACCUGCUCAUGUGCUUGAUCGAUUUCUACCAAAAUGUAGUUGAUAGUAUUUUAAAUAAAAAAUUUCGACU